UAACAAAAUACAUUAAUUGAAAUAAAUGUCAUCAAAAUGUGUCUUCAAUUAGUGAUUGAAUGAUAUUAUAGUAAUUAUUAUUAAAUGUAAUCAAAUUGAUUGAUAUAAUGACUAAUAACAAAGUGAUAGUACUAUUGCCAUAUAAUUUGUGUCAAUUGGUUUGUGUGUUAUAUAUGAUUGUCAAGUUGUCGAUCACCCAAUUGAAUCCAUCACAACAUUUGCCAACCGCUCUACUAAUCAGUUAUGGCUUUCAAAGCAUCGCUCUAUUGAUAUCUCAUUCAAAGAUUGUGAUCAACAGUCAGAGUCUACUAAGUCUUGAUGUGAUACCAAAAGUGAUAACUUUAAUCAAAAGUAUUGCCAUUUAUUAUGUAUUGUCUGUACUAUUAGGCGCUCCCUUACUAUCUGAUAAACUCAAUACAUUAUAUUUGGCACUAUUAUUGACAUCACUGACAACACUUCCAAUUGUAGUGUUGUGUCGAUCGGACAAAAUAUUAUCAAAUUUGAUAAAUAGUUUAUACAGCAAUAAAUUGGAUGCAAGAGUUGACACAAUUGUCUUCAGGAUAUCAUUGAUAACACUAAUUGGUGGCUGGUUUGGGGCCUUUCCUAUUGUCUUAGAUUGGAUGCAGCCGUGGCAACAAUGGCCUAUAAGCGUUUGUUUGGGAGCAAUGUUUGCCAAUUUUAUCGCCAAUUCAAUAUCAUUGUGUUUUGGUUGCUAUAAACUAAGUUUUAAGUUAUAAUUUAAUUAUUUUUUUUAUUUUUACUUAAAAAAAUAAUCGACAGAACAUUUUAUUCAGUGAUUGUCAAAAAUAUCUGACAAAAGAUUAUCAUAUCUUAUAAUAAAAGCUUAUAAAUAAAU